AGUGUGUGCCUGUCUGUGUGUGUGUCUGUCCUAUCCCUCCCAUCCAGGUGUAUCUCUCAAUCAAUGGGAUACGGUAAACUUCAACCUCAUCCCCUUCAAUCGAAUACUCGAGCGACGCAUUACUCGUCGACAGCGCUGGUUUGACGUCGAAAAAUUAAUACCAUGGCAGUAGCCAUGGGCUGGCACAAACCCGAUAAUGUCGCCGGCUCUUCAGCCCCGGCCAUCAUGGUCGGCCUUUUCGUAGCAACCGGUGGACUCCUGUUUGGAUACGAUACUGGGACCAUAAAUGGUAUUCUUGCUAUGAAUUCAUUCAAGGCUCAAUUCAACACCGGGUACAGAGAUCACGACGGUUCCGUAGACCUCGCGCCAUCGCAAAUUUCCAUCAUCGUCGCCAUAUUAAGUGCCGGUACCGUCGCUGGUUCGUUCUUCGCCGCCCCUUUAGGUGAUUGGCUAGGUCGUCGAAUAUCGAUUAUCGCUUCGAUUUGUGUAUUUUGUUUCGGUGUCAUAUUUCAGGUCUGCGCCGAUGCUAUUCCCAUGUUAUUAGCGGGCAGGUUCUUCGCUGGUGUUGGUGUUGGAUCCGUGUCCGUCCUCGUUCCUUUAUAUCAAUCAGAGAUGGCCCCGAAAUGGAUUCGUGGUACGUUAGUUUGCGCAUAUCAACUCUCGAUCACAUUCGGAUUGUUGGCGGCGUCCAUCGUCAACCUCUUAACACAAAAAAUGGACGGUCCACCCGCGUAUCGAAUUCCGAUGGGCCUACAACUCACAUGGGCCUGUGUACUAUGUCUUGGUCUUCUAAUCUUACCCGAAACUCCUCGAUUCCUCAUCAAGCAAGGCAACAAACACGCGGCUGGCCUUGCCCUUAGUCGACUUCGCCGUCUCGAUAUAACACAUCCUGCCCUCGUCGAAGAACUCGCGGAGAUCGAAGCGAACCACGAAUACGAACUUUCCUUAGGCCCCGCGUCCUAUCGUGACCUCUUCGUCGGAACCCCCCAUCUCGGCCGACGAACGUUAACUGGUUGCGGUCUUCAAAUGUUACAACAACUUACCGGCAUCAACUUCAUUAUGUAUUACGGAACGACCUUUUUCACCAGCGCCGGUGUCUCCGAUCCUUUCUUGAUAUCCCUUGUUAUGAAUGUUAUUAACGUCAUCUCUACGGUUCCUGGAUUAUUUGUUGUAGAAUCAUGGGGUCGUCGGAAGUUACUCAUCGUCGGCGCGCUCGGCAUGGCGUGCUGUCAACUUGUCAUCGCGAUAUUUUCUACUCUUGCAAACGACUCUCAGAGCUCACUAGUAGCCAAACUCCUCAUCGUCUUCGUCUCCUUAUUCGUUUUCUUCUACGCCGCUUCGUGGGGCCCUGUCACAUGGGUCGUUACGUCAGAAAUAUAUCCUCUCAAGAUCCGCGCGAAAUCUAUGUCGGUCUCCACGGCUUCGAACUGGUUAUUAAACUUUGGUAUCGCUUACGGCACACCAUUCAUGGUCGAGGAAGGGAAUGGGUAUGCCGCAUUGGGUGCUAAAGUAUUCUACGUCUGGGGUGCCUUCUGUAUACUUGCCGCCAUAUUCGUAUACGGCAUGAUCUACGAGACCAGUAAAAUUAGUUUGGAACAGAUCGACGAAAUGUACGAACGCGUCGCCUUCGCAUGGAAGAGCAAAAACUUCGAACCGAGUUGGAGCUUCCAACAAUUACGCGACGACGGCUUUGCAGACAGCGGUAUACCACCUCCCGAACACGAACUACAAGCCUCCCGAACGACAACGACUACGAGCGAAAGCGUCCAAACGAUACAUACGGACUCCAAUCCCAACGACAGUCAAUCAGAAGAGGAUAAAAUAAUAAAUCAAAUGGGUAUGGGUAACGUCGACUUCAGCUACUAAGCCCGGAUCCGAUUUGUGUUUUUUGUUUUUUUCUAUCUCUUCCCGCUUAUCGCAGCAACGACCGCCAUGUCUUUACUAUAUCAUUGUGCGUUCCCUCUCCGCCUCCGCCCGAAAACGAAGGCAUGAAGGGGAUUUUCUGUUCUUAACGGAGUCAAAUGUUUGGAUAUAUAUAUCAGCGUAGGAGUUCAACGCGACGGAGUUAACGGCAAAGCUUUUUGGGAACCAUCUAAGGAGUGUGGGUUUGGCUAUUUAGGGGGGGA